CUCAGGAAUCACAUUCAAGAUCUUGUUCUGCACCUUCCAGUGGGAAUCCAAUACACAUUGCCAUCUACCCUUUUCACAUGUUCGCAACUGAGGCAUCUAAAUCUUCAUUUUUGUUCAAUUUAUCAUCCAUUGGCCUUUGAAGGAUUUGAUAAGUUAAUCAGCCUGGAACUAUGUGGAGUCUCAACUUCUUCUGAAUUGCUGGAAAGUUUGAUAUCUCAUUGCCCCUUGCUUGAGAAAUUGGAGAUGUCUAUUUUAGAAGAUUUAGACAUGAUUGAAAUUAAUGCUCCUAUGCUAAAAAAAUUCAGUUUCACAGGCGAUAUAAGUUCUAUUUGCCUAAAGAAUGUCCCUCGUCUGGUAGAAGCAUCUCUGAUAGGUGAUGUUGAGCAGACAGAGAGUCUUGAUUUUGCAAAGAUUUUCGAGUCUUGUUCUGCUCUUGAGCAACUCAUCUUGAACUUCUUAAAUUCGGAGUUCGUUGCUGAAGAAGGAUAUAGAGUACCAAGAAGACUUCCAGUAAAUCUUAACAAUGUCAGGAGAUUUGACGUGCCUGACAUUUUGCUUGUGGAAUCAUAUAAACUAUCGUAUACCAUAUGCUUACUAAGAAGCUUCCCGAAUCUUGAAUAUCUUGAACUGCAGGUUGUUGACGAAGAUGAUAGUGAUACUGAUGAAGAUGAAGAAUCUACUGAAGAAUCUCUUCAACCUGAAACUUUGUCAGACCUGACAUUUAAUCACCUUGUGGAAUUUCAGCUUGGAAGCUUUAUAGGAGGUACAUCCGAGAUGCAGUUUAUCAAGCAUUUGUUAGCCAACUCCCCGGUGUUAGAGAUACUGGUAAUCAAUCGACAGUUUCUAGAUGAGGAGCCUCUCGACACAAGAGAAGAAAUAUUCACUGAGAUCUCAAAUUCUCCGCGUGCAUCACCUAAAGCGGAAAUCGUCUACAAAGAUUUUAGUUGA